AUGGAUGCAAUCAUAUGGAAUGUCAGGUCUGUUAAUACAAUGCAGGCCUUUGAGAGAUUAAUUCUUCUGCAUAAGAAACAUCAUUUUGAAUUCAUUGGAAUCAUGGAGCCUAUGCAGCAAGCUAACAAGGUUGAAAGGUACAGAAGCAGAAUAGGACUUGCACAAGCAGUAGUAAAUGUGUCAAAUAAAAUAUGGGCAUUCAUUGAUGAGGUUUAUGAAGUUGACAUUGUGUACAAUAUGGUACAGCAGCUGACAUUGAAGUUAUUUCACACUGAAACCCAUGUAGAAUUAAUCCUUACACUGGUAUAUGCCAAAUGUGAUCACAUAGAGAGAAUAGAAUUAUGGGAUUCACUGUAUGCAAUGGCCUCUGACAUGACAUCUCCAUGGCUAGUGGGAGGGGAUUUUAAUGUCAUAUGGGAUGAGGAGGAGAAAUUUGGUGGAUUACCUGUGUCUAUAAAUGAAGUAGAUGAUUUCAGACAUUGUAUCAAUACUUGCAAUCUGUCAGAUUUGGGGUUCAAAGGAAGUAUUUUUACUUGGUGGAAUGGAAGAUCAGAGGAUGAUUGUAUCUUUAAAAGGUUAGAUAGGUGUUUUGGGAACAUAGAAUUGCAGCAAACAUUCCCAGGACUGGAGGUUACUCAUAUGUCAAAGACUGGCUCAGAUCACUGUCCAAUGCUAUUGAAGUGUGACAUUGAAAACCCUCCAAUCAAGAAGCCUUUUAGAUUUCUAAACUUCUGGACAAAACAUGAAGCAUUCAAGACAGUGGUGAAGGAGAACUGGAAUGCAGAUUUUAGUGCAAAUCCAUUUGUAGAAGCUGUUUAUCUAUUGUUUGUCAGGAAUCCUCAGAUGGUGGUAUUAGUACUAUGUACUCAGUCCAUCGGGGACAACUUAAACCUAGCUUAUAAUAGGGUCACAAACAGGUCUACAACACAGAAGGAAGAAAUAUCAUACUGCAAUAUACCAAAAAUGAAAGCAGGGAUAGCAUCCAUAAAGAGCAAACAAGCACAGGAAUGGGGCUUUUUAAUUACACGUGAGACUGACAGUAAAUCUUACUGCAAGAUGCAUAUGUGUAAGGAAAUAGCUAAGAAAAAGGAAAACAACAUUGGACUACAUACUUGGAGUGGUCUAAAUAAAAGCUACAAAGAAAAGAAGGUUACAAAAUUGAUCACAGGGUCCACAGUAAUGUACUUUGGUGGUCAGCAAGGGGAGGUAUUGGUACCAGAAGGCGUUGCAGCAGCUGGUCAGAUGAUCU